CUGAUUUCGUUUUUUUACUUAUUUAUUUGCGAUUUCUUAAUGCUUAGCAGUGUCGCCACCCAAGAACUGUCGCAUACUACCACAGCCAUCGAAUGUUUGACUAUUUCCCCGCGCGCAUCCAUCGCGACAAUCCGCGUCUUCAUCGUUUAUCUCACCACUUGAGUUCACUUGAGCAAUUCGCGUUCCAGUACUUCCCUGCCUCUGAUUGCGGGUCGUUUCUGCGCCUUCGGCACUUCUGUUGUUCGUCUUUGUUUGUUUUGAUUGGAAUUCUUUUUGAUUUUGUUGCUCUCAUUUAUAUAUGUCGCCACACACGGACGCACACACACUAAUGUCAACAUAUAUGUACGCGUACCUCUCAGCCGACGCCGCUGCCCGACGUUCAUCUGAAUAAAAUAAAAUUAAUACUUAAGUUGGCUGGUUGAAUUCGCUAGCGACACAGUUAAUUGUUGCAAACAUUAUAGGCAAACGAGUGAGCGAGCGCACUUCACUUUCACGUUAGCCGCACGAUUUAUUUUCCUUUCCAUCUAUUCUUUGCAUAUUAAACGCGCUGGUCGCCGCAAUUUCAUCGAGCAUCCUCCCAAUCGGUAGGUGAACAGUGUUCCGCGCUGGAUCGGAUGCGUUUGAUUCGCGAUCUCCACGGAACCACGGGCCAAAAAAUAAACCGUCUGCCAUCGUCGCCAUCUCAGAUCGUACUAACAAAAAUUGUAAUUGUGAUUGCCACUGUUAGUCCGUUUCCUUGCUUUGUGCUGCUGACAGUUGUUUGUUGUGUUAAAGUUUCGCGCGCGCUAAACAAGUUUGGAAGCAUUCGGAUGUCUUGUUGUCUUGUCGUCGGAGCACGUGACGUGGACCUUGACGCGGGCGUAAGACGCCUAAAGGGGGUCGAGCCCUGCGGUGCGCGUAUUUUGUUUUGAUUUCUCCACAUUUGUAGCUUUGUGUUUGUGUUAUGUUGUGCUGUUUCGCUUGUGUUGUGAAUUUGUGAGAAGCCUGUGGGUUGUUUACGAAAAUCAACCAUAAAAAUAAACGCAAAAGUUGACACUUUUUGUUUUUCAAAUAACAACCAGCAAAUCGUGUGUUGUAACCAGACAAAGUGCUUAACGCUUGACAACUAAGACCCACAAAGGCUAAAAAGUGUUACGUGAAAGUGCUCAUAAUUGAUCCGCAUUAAAUUUAUCAAAUAAAUUUCAGACUAAAGCCCUAAAAAAUUAUAUUGAAAUUUCUGAGAGCAGGAUUGAGUCACUGGAAAUCCCCGAAAUUAUGAAUUAGUACAAGUGUUAAAAAUUAAAUUAUUAACAUACAUGUUUGCGACAUGAAGCUGCGCGUAUAAAGUCGAUAAAACCCUUAAGAGCACUUUGCAAAGUAAUUCUAUCCAAAAACAAUUAACGGAAUUUAGUGACAGUAUUUACAAUACAACAACUUAAAUAAAACAUAUUCAAAAUCAAAAACCAACAGCUUCUCUCAACUACUGUGAACAUCUGAACUACAUAAAUAUAUACAUACAUACCCACCUUAUAUACACACGUGUAUAAAUAAGUAAAUAAAAAAGCAACACAGAAGACGACAGCAUGUCCGAGCUGCAAGUUAUCUCCACAAAUUACACAACCAACUCCAAAGACACACUGGAGCUGUUCGAACUGCCACAGAAUUAUUCCGUACUCAUUAAUAAGUUAGAACGUCUGGCGCUAGGUCUGGACUCAGCCUUGGGCAAUCUCUCAUUGGAUCGGAAAGAAAUCGAAGUGGCUGUGGGCGGUUCAAACGAAUUUCUGGACCCCUUUAGUGGCCCACCGGAGGGCGGUCACAUACAGCCGCCCCGCAGCGCAUACAGCCAUCAUGAGACCGAAAUACCGUUGGUGGUGAGUGACAUUUGGAUCGGAGUCAUACUGACGCUGCUCAUUGUAUCGGUUAUUUUCUUCAUUUGUUCCUGCUUUCUUUACCACAAAUUCCAACAGUGGAAGAAUUCAUAUCGGACAAAUCCUGAACCCUUGGAGAUAUGUCGUCACUACCCACCAAACUACGAAGUGGAAUCACUUCCGUCUUAUACCAUUGUCUCAGGGUUGCCAACCUACGAUGACGCUUUGGAAGAGUUUCGAAAAGCGGGCAUUAUUCUAGCUCCACCCAUGCCAGUGGUGAAGAUAUUCGAAAAAGAUCCAGCGGCCGCUGACAAUGCAAGCAAAGAGAAUCAAAUUUUCAAUAUGGAAAGUGGCGUGGGUACCGACAACGACAACGUCUCAGUAACUUCGACCUGCACCUGUGGAGCGGCAAACAAUACAAAUUCUAACAAUACAAACCCGAUAUACACUGUGCCAUCGCCACUUGCACCACAAGUCAUCGAACUAUCACCCGAACAAUUGGCGGCACUGUCACAAAAACGUCUUUCGUUACAAAUAACCUUUAACAAUUCCGUGCGUCGCAAUUCCCGCCCCCGUGGUAUCGAUCUCUAUCGUCAGGUGAAUCGUAAUAACUUGCUGCGCUCACAAGCUGUUGCUGCCGCCGCUGCUGCCCGCGACGGGUUCCCACAAAUUCACCGCUCAUCGUCGACGCUGACUUUGUCCAAUGAACCGAAUAUGCUGGAUCGACAUCUUAUGCAACACCUGCAGCACCGAGGCUCUCUUUAUUGAGACCCUGAGAAGAACUGCAUUCAUUGCAAAUCCGUCGCUAAGAAUAUACCAUUAUUAACUAUACUUAUACGAAUAUAAAUCAUUAUUGAACUGUUCUUACUUGUAUACACACACGUUAAUACGUUAAAUGUAAAAAAUUCUCUUACAAUUAGUAUUUUAAAUGUAGAUAUGAACAUUUAGUUUAAAGCAACAGUAAAAACAUAUGCAUAUUAUUAUGUAGAAGUAAUACUGUAAAAAAAUGAGUUAAUAAACAAUAUACAAAUAUGUAUAUUACUAUAAGAACA